AUGCCAGUUACGUUAGAUUUUAUGAAAGAAUUUGGUUGUGUACGAGAACGUGACUGUCCAUAUCUUAAAUGUUUGAAAAAACCAAGCCAACAUCGUGGGUAUCGAAAGUCUUGGUGUAGACCGGCCAGCGAUUGGAUGGUAGUAGUUAAAGUAGAUGAAUGGAAGAAGCUCUACUUUGAGGAAAUGUUUGAUCAUCUUAGAGAGGCAGAACUUGUGAUCUGCAGAAUGGAAUGGACGCCGAGGAUUUUGUAUACAGGGGAGCGGGGGGUGAAAUACCCCACGAUGACUAAUGAAGAUGGCGUCGUUCAAACAAACAUACACUUUUUGGUGAUAGUAGGUUAUGGCAUAAAAUGGAUACAAAAUGAUUUGGUUACUUACUACACCGUAAGAAAUUCCACGGGAACCGAAUGGUCGAACAAUGGGUAUAGGAGAAUCGAAGCUAAAGAAGACUUGUUCUCAUGUUUUUGGGAUCACAAAAAUUACAGUAAUGUCUGUUAA